CCCACAUCCCUCUGCCAUUGCCUUUCACUGCAUCCUAGCAUUCCUUCCCCUGUUGCUAAAAGAGAACCCAUCUCCGAGGAAGGAAUUGCAGAGCUUCUUUCACCUAGCAUUUAGAGAAAUGGAGGCAAUGAAGUUGAAGCUCUUUGUGACAAUGUUGAUGGUGUUGGUGGCUGUCUCUUUUGUGCAAAAUGCCGCCGCAGCCGAGGCUCCAGCACCAAGCCCAACAUCUGAAGCUACUAUCUUUAUCCCCACUUUCUUCGCGUCUCUUGCAGCUCUCGCUUUCGGGCUGUUCUUCUGAGCUGUAUGGUCAACUCCAAUGACCAACAUAGAUAAAGCAGCAUGAUGCUUCAUUUCUGUUUUGAACCUUUACCCCCUCUAUGUGUAAAUUGACGAGUAUCGAUCUUUCAUUACUGUGAGAGAGGUAGGGGAGAUUUGAUUGGGAUUAUUUUUAAUUUUCGGGACUUCCAGGUUAACUUACUUAUUGUUGAUUAUGUUCAUUUGAUGGUGGGGUUUGUUUGGUUGUGAUUGAUGUGUUUUCUGUGGUAUUGUAAUAUAUAUUUUACUUAAUUUUGUUUUUGUUUUCCUAAAGAAAGGGUUAGAUUUAGGCUAAUAAUGAGAUCAUGGGGAGAAAUGUUAUGACUGAUGGUGGAUGUUGGAGUUUGGUCUCUACUCAUUUGUAUUUGUGAUCCAUUUGCCGUAAUAAAUUCUAUUCUUCUACAUUACA